CUCUCUGCCUCUGUUUCUCUCUCUCAUGCAAAGAACCCUUUCUGCUCAUUCUCUUGGUUUCUGUUACCCAAACUUUUAUAAAGGCAGCCAUGGAAGAAACAGAAGCCCACACCACAAACACAAAAUGCACUUCCAAACCUGCUCAGAGCUUCAGAGGGAGUGUUGUGAACCAUCAAUCCUCAAAUACAGCUAACCAUUACCAGUCUUACCCACCCCUCCUCCCUCUCCCCACCCCCUCUCUCCCUGCCCUUCAAAAUCACAGCUUUAGGCCCAAACCCCAUUUCAAGAAACCUCCAUUGGACUGGAACUCUCCCCCUCUUGCCACCUCAUCUUCUGCUUCUGAGCCUCAAGAUAUCUCAGCUUCUGCUGCUGCAGGAAAAAGUGAGAAGAAAGAUGUUAGGAGGGUUAGGGCAAGAAGACCAGAUUCGGGUGGAGUGGAAGGGCAAACUAUCUCGCUUCUUGCAAAUCAUUUUCUUGUUAAGUUCAACCCCUUGCAGCAAAUCUUCCAUUAUGAUGUCGAGAUUUCCCCAAAUCCAUCCAAGGAAGUAGCGAGAAUGAUCAAACGAGAGAUAGUGCAGGUCCACUCUGUGGCGGUUUCUGGUGCUCAGCCGGUUUAUGAUGGUAGGAGGACUAUAUACAGCCCUGCUGAAUUCGAGAACGAUAGGAUUGAGUUGUACAUUAGUCUUCCAAUCCCGAGUGGCAAGUCUUCCAAUCCCGAGCAGUGUAAGCUUUUCAGGAUUAACAUCAGGCUGGUUUCCAAGUUUGAUGGGAAGGAGCUUAGUAGCUAUUUGAGCAAGGAAGGGGACGAUUGGAACCCGAUUCCUCAGGAAUAUCUCCACGCUUUAGAUGUUGUCUUGCGGGAAAGCCCAACCGAGAAGUGUUUGACAGCAGGGCGAUCGUUUUACUCGUGCUCAAUGGGAAAAGAGAUUGGCGAUGGAGCUGUGGCGCUGAGGGGGUUCUUUCAGAGCCUUAGACCAACCCAACAAGGCCUCGCUCUCAAUGUGGAUUUCUCGGUCACAGCUUUCCACGAGAGCAUUGGCGUGAUAUCCUACUUGGAGAAGCGCCUUCACUUUCUGCACGAUCUUUCUCAGAGGAAGACGAGAGUGUUAACGAGCGAAGAGAAGAAGGAAGUGGAGAAGGCCUUAAAGAACAUUAGAGUAUUUGUUUGCCACCGAGAAACUGUCCAGAGAUACCGCGUUUACAGCUUAACUGAAGAUGCCACCGAGAGUCUAUGCUUUCCAGAUCGGGAUGGAAAAAAGCUAAGAUUAGUGAACUAUUUCAAGGAUCACUAUAACUACGAUAUACAGUUUAGGAACUUGCCAUGCUUACAGAUAAGUAGGAGCAAACCAUGUUACCUCCCAAUGGAACUUUGUGUAAUUUGUGAAGGACAGAAGUUUCUCGGGAAACUUUCCGAUGAUCAAACUGCUCAAAUCCUUAAAAUGGGCUGUCAAAGGCCGAGAGAACGAAAAGCAAUAAUAGAUGGCGUGGUGGCAGGACCAGUCGGGCCAACGAGUGGCAAUCAGGAAACCGAAUUUAAACUCGAGAUUUCAAGAAAGAUGACUCAACUAUAUGGGAGAAUUCUGCAGCCUCCCAAGCUUAAACUCGGGGAUGGAGGUCAGGUUAGACAUCUGACCCCUUCACGCCACGAUCGACAGUGGAACCUUCUCGACAGUCACGUCUUUGAAGGCACUCGAGUUGAUCGUUGGGCGCUGAUAAGUUUCGGUGGCACCUAUGAUCAGAGGUCCAGCAUACCCAAGUUCAUAAACCAGUUAUCUCAGAGGUGCGAGCAAUUGGGCAUCUUCCUUAGCAAAAACACGGUAGUUAGCCCGAGGUUUGAGCCGAUGCACGUGCUCAGCAGCGUAAAACACCUCGAAUCUGAGCUGAAGAAGGUCCAUAGAGCUGCGGUGAACAAUCUCCAGCUCCUGAUUUGCGUUAUGGAAAGAAAACACAGAGGGUAUGCUGAUUUGAAACGAAUUGCUGAGACGAGUAUUGGUGUGAUAAGCCAGUGCUGUCUGUACCCGAAUCUGAGCAAGCUGAACUCGCAGUUUCUGGCAAAUUUAGCUCUCAAGAUCAAUGCCAAAGUCGGGGGAUGCACCGUCGCUCUCUACAACUCAUUGCCAUCUCAGAUACCGAGGCUUUUCCAGCUCGAUGAUCCCGUGAUUUUCAUGGGAGCUGAUGUUACUCAUCCACACCCGUUAGACGAUGUCAGCCCCUCGAUAGCUGCAGUUGUUGGGAGCUUGGAUUGGCCAACAGCCAGCAAGUAUGUCUCGAGAAUGAGGUCCCAAACGCACCGCCAGGAGAUAAUUCAAGACCUGGCUGCAAUGGUAGGGGAAAUUCUUGAUGAUUUCUACGGGGAGCUCUCGAAACUCCCCAAGAGAAUCAUCUUCUUCAGAGAUGGGGUUAGCGAGACGCAAUUCUCCAAAGUCCUGCAAGAAGAGCUGCAAGCAAUCCACGGGGCUUGUUCUCGGUUUCCAGGCUACAAUCCUCCCAUUACCUUUGCAGUUGUGCAGAAAAGGCACCACACGAGACUGUUCCCCAACGAGACGCUUCCAUCCUCAGCUAGGAACCAAUUCUGCAGCGAAAACAUUCCCCCGGGCACUGUUGUGGACACUGUGAUCACUCACCCGAGGGAGUUCGAUUUCUAUCUUUGCAGCCACUGGGGCAUCAAGGGCACCAGCAGGCCUAUCCACUACCACGUCCUGUGGGACGAGAAUCAUUUCACUUCCGACGAGCUGCAGAAACUGGUCUACAAUCUCUGCUACACCUUUGUGAGGUGCACAAAGCCUAUUUCGUUAGUGCCUCCCGCCCAUUACGCCCACCUCGCUGCAUACAGAGGCAGACUCUAUCUCGAGCGUGCUGAUUCCAACGCUGCUGCCACCAGAAGUUCGUCUACAAUCUCUCGGCCUACUCCUCCCACGACAACGCCACUGCCUAAACUCACCGAGAAUAUCAAGAACCUCAUGUUUUACUGCUAGAAUUCUUGCAGCUGCACAUAUUCAUCUAGCAAGAUGUGAGCAGAUAAAUACUGCAAUGCUCAAUUAGUUCUUCGGUGGCAGAUUGUGGAUAAUGACUCAAUAUCGAGCCCUAAGAGUCGCAGUGUGAGAGUUUCAUGGGGUGGCUCAUUGUGGGCAGCAUGCAUUAGUCCUCCCACCUAAAGGGCUGCUGAGUCACUAUACUUUAUCUUUCUAUAAUCCUGUUGGAUCGGGGUGUGGGGCCCUUGGGGCGAGGAUUUCGCCUUCAAGGUCACAUUUUGAUUGUCAACUAUGCAUCUUUUCACUAUUUCUUGUAAGUCUCAGUCUGUAUAAUAAUACACUGCUCUCAUGCAAUAAAGUGUUACAGUUUACAGUA